CUCACUGACACCAUCAUGGGAUCCUCAGGGCUGUUGAUUUUGGGUCUUCUCCUAAAUGUUGCUUACUGCUUGGGAAUUCUGGGUCCAAGUGAUGAGUCGAUUGAGAUCAUACCCAACAUCACAGCAGUCCUGGGAGAAGAGGUGUACCUGGGCUGCAGAUAUCUGGGCAAGAGUAAGAUCCAGAGCGCUGAGUGGAAACGCCAGGCUGACUCCAAAACAAAAUUCAAGAAACUGGUAGGGUUUUCAAAUGAUAAGCCGUUUAGCCGCAGUGAGGACUUGUCCUUGCCAGACUCUCUCACCAACCUCACAGUUAAGAUGCGAGUGUCCAGUGUGGAUGCAGAGGGAGAAUACAUCUGUGAGUUUGAAUCAGAAGAUGAAAACUUUCCUGGCAGCACAUUUGUCACAGUAGUAGCUCGGCCUGAUCUCCAGCUCCGGGUGAAUGCAGAGACCAUAAAUGGCACUCACUACCAGUCGGUGUCAUGCUCUGCCAUUGGUGGCAGGCCCACCCCUCAGAUCAGAUGGCUAGUCAAUGGCCUUCCACCCUCAGGUGGCCCCUUCACUGUGAAUGUGAGUAACACUGUUCACUCAAACGGCACCUCCACCCUGAACAGCAUCCUACACUUCCCCACCCACCUGCAAGAUGAGGACAGCGUGACCUGUGAGGUUCGACACAAGACCCUCCCAAACCCUAAACUCACCACAGUCAGGGUGGAAACCUACGUCAAGCCAAAUGUGACCAUUAAAGCAGAGAUGGUACAACAAGAAGGAAAUGAGUUCUGGGUGGUCUCUUGCAUUUCAUCUGGAGGGAGACCUGAGACUCACAUAUCCUUGGCUUUGAACACUGAUGAAAAACUACAAAGAAAGACUGACACAGACUCAGACAUACAAAGAAGCUCGGUCCACCUCCCUGCCAUAAUGUAUGAAGGCCACAAUGUCACCUGUGUAUUUGAUCACCCCAAAUUUACUCAGAGAGAGACGAGAGUCAUAACACUGCCGACUUUUCAUUUGUCUGGGGCUCGGCUGUUGGACUCAGGGCUGGGAACCAGCAGUGAUGACUUUCAUGGCGCUGAGUACUUAGAGCUGCAGGCAGGACAGAGUGACACUACUAUCGGCCUACAGGUCACUGGGAAUGUGCCACGUUACAAUGUUACCUGCAAAAAGGAUGCUGGACCCCUGCCUGAGAGUAUAGAGCUGGCUGGCAGUAGCCUCACAGUUCAGGGUCCUGCUGAGCUUCACCAUGCUGGCCUGUAUGAAUGCAUUUUCUCAUAUCACCAUCUUAAAGCAACCCUGCAGUUCAACAUCACUGUUAAACCUCAGGUUAUUCAGCCUGUUCCGCCGACAGUACAAGUUGAUUUGCGAGUUGAAGAUAGACACAGGGUGAUUGAGUGCUCAGCAGCUGAUGCUGUUCCUGCAGCCAACCUGUCCUGGCUUCUACCAGAGGGUGUGUCAGGAGUCUCUUGGUUCAAUUUCACUUCUCAUAAUGGAAGCCACUCUGUCAGGGGAGUUUUACUCCUCCCUGCCUGCUUGCCUUGGGAGCUCACUGCAGUGUGUGUGAUAAAUCACCCAGUAUUUGAGGAGCCAGUGAACAGAAGCAUAACAUUCCCUCUUUGCGCUCACCCCAAUGUUACCAUCAGCUCCAGCACUGAAUGGAAAAAUGGUGAACUAUACACAAAGGUGGACUGCUCUGCGGACAGUGUUGCCCCUGCAGGGGCUAUAACCUGGCAUGUUGAAAACAAUGACAUUAUUAGUCAUCUGACAGAGAGUGAAGUCCAGGCUGAUGGAUCAGUAUCGGUCCACAGCUCAGUUCAGUUCUUGUCUUCUUUGUAUGCUGGUCAGAAUCUGACCUGUAUGGUGACGCAUCCAACUAUGGAGGCAUCAGAAAACAGAACAAUACACAUUCCUGUGCACAAAGCUCCUCUGCUGAGUGUAGCUGUGAUGAGACAGCAGAAUUCUCAUCUCUGGCUGGCAGUGUGUGAGUGUAGAGGCGGGGGGGUCAGGACAAACCUCGCCUGGCUUCUUCCUGAUGAUGCCAAAGGCCAAACAUCCCUGCAAUCACAAUAUGAAGGGCAUGUCCUAAAAUCCAGGCUGACUUAUCAGUUUCCGUUGGCCCUUCAUGAGGGGCAGUACCUGACCUGUGUGUUCCAGUUUGAACAUGGGAUAACAGAGAAGAGGAGCAUUUAUAUCCCCAAAUUCUAUAUUUCUGCUGUGAGAGUCUUGAACCACACGACUCCUCUGCAAAGCCGCUAUGGUGGUAAACCCAUCAUACACAGACUGACACUCCGGGAAAAUCAUCACAACCAGAAUAUAUUGUUCCAAGUGGAAGGAAAUGUGCCACAAUACAACCUCAACUGUAAAAGGAGUGAUGGCUCAUUCGUCUACAUGGAAGGGCUUGCAAUGGUCUUCCAGUCAGAGCUCACAGAGGAGGAUGAAGGCCUGUACAUCUGCCAGGCAUCCUUCUAUCACCACACGGCUACAGUCAAAAUUCAAGUGGAGGUCACGAGGGAGGACAAACGGUUUGCUUUGAUAGCCAUGAGCUGCGUCUCUUCAGCCUUGGCCAUCAUAUUCAUCCUUGUCGUUGUUCUCUGGGUUUGCUGGAAAGGAAACAGCAGUACACAAUAUAAGAAGCAGGAGUCCCGUUCGGCCCUGACAACUCUGAUGAAGGAGCCCGGCUCUCCUGAGGUGAUGGAGAAAGACAGUAAUGACUAUGCUCACCUGGUCAGCUACUCCAUAGUCAUUGAUAUGAAGAGUACGGUGUAAAGGACACAUGCUUUGCAGGGCUUUGUAUACCGCAUCCAGCUUGACAUUAUGCACAGACUAAGGCUUACUGGCUCUGCAACAUUAUGAUUUCCACAUAGCAUACUGAAACCUGUAGAACUGAAAAUGCUCCAGGACUGAGCCAUUAGUUUCUAAAAUGAUGACUGUUGAUGUUGACUGACUAGCAUUAAUGACUUAAAUACAUUAUUUUGCACUUUUUUAAUCUUACUUGAAAUUUAUACCGUUUUAUGCACAAUGUUUUUAUGCAUCUGUUUAUAAAACCUUUCAUACUUUUUCAAUUUGUUUUGUUUACCACAUAACUGCACCACAAACCCGCUACAGUAGAGGUGAGUUACUCAUUUGGCUAUGGCUUUACACACCAUGUGCCUUUAUGGUAUGUUUGGUCAACUAAAUUAGGAUAAUCUUCUAUUUUAACAAGAGCAGCCUACAUCAAUAUAACAGCCCCAACCGGAGUCCUUCUGUAUGUUGAUCUCUGCAGCAGCUCUAGGCCUAUAUACGAUUUCAGGUGUGUGAUUACUCCUGAUGCCAAGAUGCUGCCCAACCUGCUCCCUGGCUGCACCUGCAGGGACCUGGGAGGAUCUACUCGGUUCACCUGCCCAAUCGGGACAAGCCAAUUUCACUGCUACAAGCUAUACACACGUAGCCACCCAACACUUUUCAUGAGGCACUUAAUACACCUCUGGAGCUGGGCAGGUUUAGGUGAUUAAACUCAUACAUAUUCACCUAGACAGGAACCUGUUGGACAGAGCGGGGAUGUUGCUGUUAUUGUUGUUGUAUUUGGAUGGGUAAGUAAUAUGGAGUUGAGGUUUUUAGUUUUCUUUUGUUCAUAGGCUACAGGAAAGCUUAACAAAAACUCAAAACAGCACCCACAGGGCAUUUUCCUUUGCAGUUUCUCUCUUUUACCGUCUUUUGUAAACUCUGGAUGCUCCUUAAAGCAACUUGUUUUUCAAAUUCCAUCUGGUUUUAUGUUGCUUCCCUUUUCCUUAACUGACCCGGGUUUUAACAUUAUGUGAUCCAGAUGCAGAG